AUGACUGUUAUACCCCCUGCCACGUACCCCACCUCCCUUCCAUCUAACCGUGCUCAAUUCAAAUGUACAAUCUAUUUUAGCAGAGAAAGGAAGCAGAAAGCACAACUUUUGUUAUCGACUAAUCAACUAAAUUACCAUUACACCCCUGUUUCAUAUCCCACAUCCCCCACUCGCAUCCCACUUCCAAGGGUCAAAACGGGAAAGAAUCAAACUUUCUGCUUCAAUUCUCUACAACAUUUCAUGUCAAACGCAUAA